AUGGUUCUGGGCAGAAGUCUGCAGAAUAAUAAGCAAGAGAAGAAUUUCAAACCUGCAAACCGAACAUUUGGGGGUUCUGGUGCUAGUAAUGGAAGAUUAGCUUCUGAAUCAAAAGGGAAUGGCAGAAGUAAAAGGGUUCAAACUGGAGGGAAUAGAACUACAGGUGCUUCUCAUCCUAGUCAGAAAAGAAAAAGAACUUAUGCUGAUCAGCCUCCAGACGAGGAAAGAGUGUCCAAUGACAAUGUAGGAUUCCCAGCAAGAAGGUUUUCAUCUAGAAUCGUGAAGAAUAAGCUUAAUGAUCAUUAUCAUGAAGAAAAGCGGACAACAAAAGGAAACUCCUCUGGGUUUGGAGAUUUGAGUAGAAAAGGUUCAUUGGCUGGAAGAGGAAAAUCCAGGGAAAGUGAGUUGGCGGGCAAGAAAAAGUCAAUAGCCAAGGUAAAGGCUGUAGAUAAACUGAAAGAUGUUGAAGUUGAAGGAGUUAGGAAUGAUAAGCUGAAGAAAAUUGCUAAAAGCAAAUCCGACGUAACAAAGCAAAUGGAGCAGAACCAUGGCAAACAUGCUGUCGGCUCUCCUGAAAGACCUUCCAAGAAGAAAGUGCAGUACAAGAAAAAUAUCACUGAUGAUUCAGAAGUAAUGGAUGAAAAGCCUAAGAAGAAAAAGCGAAGGAUCAGGCUAGAUCCUCAUGAUACAUCAAAUAAGAGGCUCGAUGAUGGAGCAGCUAUUAAUAAUCAGGUUAAAAAGAAGAAGGAAGAUGACUCAAAAACUUGUGUUUUGGAGUUGUCCAGAAAUGCACAAUUUCGAGCAAUAGUUCCUAGCCCCUCUAUCCUUUCCUUUGUCGAAGACAAUUUAUUAGGCCGAAGACGAGAAAUUGAAUUUAGGAGGGCUGGCUACAAUACUGAGCUUUCUGCUCCUUUAGACAAUAUUCCCUAUUCAUCAAGCUCUGAAAGGGAAAGGAUUGAAGAAACGGUAUUUAGAAAUAAAUUGACAUUUUAUGCUGCUGCAAAGAUUUCCUCAUCAUUUCCUCCUUCUGAACUUCCAGAGAUUGCAUUUGCAGGGAGGUCGAAUGUAGGAAAGUCAUCUUUACUGAAUGCAUUAACUAGACAGUGGGGUGUUGUGAGGACAUCAGACAAGCCUGGACUUACUCAGACCAUAAACUUCUUCAAACUUGGACCAAAGCUAUCUUUAGUCGAUUUGCCUGGAUACGGAUUUGCGUAUGCAAAAGAAGACGUCAAGGAAGCUUGGGAGGAGCUUGUGAAAGAGUACGUGUCUACACGAGUUGGUCUAAAGAGAGUGUGUCUUCUUGUUGAUACAAAAUGGGGAAUGAAACCAAGGGAUCAUGAACUUAUUGAUCUGAUGGAAAGGUCGCAAACCAAGUACCAGAUUGUUUUGACAAAGACAGAUAUGGUUUUCCCAAUUGAUGUGGCACGUCGGUCAAUGCAAAUAGAAGAGAACCUCAAGGAAAAAAGUCUGCGGUUCAACCUGUGAUGAUGGUAAGCUCAAAAACUGGAGCUGGUAUUCGAAGCUUAAGGACGGUUCUUGCUAAGAUUGCUCGCAUUGUGAAGCCUUAGGAGAUACUGCUCAAGUGCACCUUUACUUUCCAAGCAUAUUAGUAGUAUGGCAUUGACUAAUUUGGUCGUCUUGAUCUAUGAGUGACUCUUGACAUUGGUUGAUGUUGAAGGCGCAUUGGAAAUUGUUGCUGUAGGUCAUUGAAGAGCGUUUGAAUUCUGAACAGUUUCGAGUGUGAAAAAGUCAAGAUUCAAGUUCUCUUUUUAGCCCCAAUACUUCAUCAAGAUUCGGUCAAGAGGAAGAAACUUAUACUAAUAUCGUAGCUGCUCAUGGUAAAGUCAGUAGUGAUUUUAAUUCCGUUCAAUUUCCAUAAAAACUACAAUGGAUUCUAAUGUUUUGAACUUUUGAUAUUCUGACAUUCACCUCUUCCAUGAAACUAACUCUAUUUGGUCUAAAAAAACAAGAUGAUGAUGUAAAAGUAGCAGCAGUGUUAUGAUAAAUUCGUGAUACACUAAAGGAUUAUGGUGCAAAAUUCUGGAAUGGAGAUAAGGUGAGAGAAUGAUGAUAUUAGGAGGGCAGGGAAUUGAAUUAUCAUUCAUUGGUGAUGCUCUGUCAAAAGUUUUGGUUGAGCUGUUACAACUCACCAUCAUCAUAUUUCA